UUAAGAAAUCUUUUGUCAAUAAUGGAAUGACCCAUUUGCUUGAGAGACUGGUCUAUGACCUUGGUUCCACUGAUAAUACAAUGUGGACAUAGCUACUGCAAAGAAUGCAUUGGACAACUAGUGAAGAAUGGUAAUAUGAAUUGCUGUAUUUGCAAGGAAGACAACAAGUUCACAGCUCUUUCAGAUUUAGAGAUUAAUCUGACUUUUCUGAAAAGAAGUCAUUAUUUGCCAGAAAACCCUGGAUCUGAGUAUUUAUCAAAGAAACUUAAUAUUGAAAUAUUUAAGGAUUACAGAUGUCUUGACCAUGAUGCUCCAGUUCAUUCAUAUUGUCCGGAUACCAUGGAAGUCUUCUGCUGUAAAUGUGAGAAUGAUAAUAACGAAGAGGCUAAAAAUGUGACCAGAAUUCCUGAAGUUGUUCACCAGUUAAAGACUUGUCUAAACUCUCAAAGACUAAAGAACAAGCAAGCAUCUUUACAAAUGAAAUUUGCUGAGAAGGUGCUUGAAGCUCAACUAGAGAAAUCUAAAAUGGAUAACCUUCAGAAAAUAGAAGAGCAUUAUGAUAACCUUCAAAAGCUUUUAGAGCAGAGAAGGCAGCAAGCCAAGAAAGAGUAUCUUGAUAAAUUUGAAGACUAUUUUAAAUCACUUGAUUGUUUUGAGACUAUCAAACAAGUGAGAAAGCAUCUUGCUGAAGUCGAGCAUCUCAUAAAUGACAAAGACAAAGGUAAAAUAGGUGAUUACUGCCAGAGCUGAAUUGAGCUCAGUAACUUAAAGAAUGAGGUAAAUCUUGCUGAUUUUGAUGCUCCAAAAGAGAUUUUGAUGUUUGAGCCAGAAGUAUCUCAAAAUGAAACCUCUGGAGCUGAAUAUACAUCAGUGAAUUACACAAUAGAGUUGAAGCCUUAUAAAUUUAAUGCUGUCCAAGAUAGCAUUGAUAUCACAAAAUGCUGGUAUUGCCACCAUUGUGAAACCCAGAACAGUUCUAUAACUAAUUGCUUAUCUUGCUCUGGUUGCUUGACUCCGCGUCCAAUUGAGUAUUAUGAAUCGUUCUUCAAAAAUUACAGAUAUGCAAGUUUGGAUGACUUCAAACUUCUAGAAGAGAGACAGAAAUCAGAGGAAGAACUGAUAAAUUCAUUGAAGAAGCCAUCUUAUAAGGAUAAGGUUUGAUAUGUGAUUAAUGAAUCAUGGCUAAUAUUUUGGGACCAUUACAUCACUCAGAAAAAGAAGGCAUAUAAUCUCCAGACUGAUGAAGAAUCACUGAUUAAUAAUUAUGUUCCCCAUCCAGGCCAAAUUAACAAUCAUAUUUUGGUUAGAAAGCCCAAAGAGGGUCAGGAAGCUGUGGCCAAAUAUAAAGAUGUAAAUCCUCGUGUUUGGAAUGCCUUCUACCAAAUUUAUGGUGGAGGUCCUAAGGUUCAUAAGAGAAAUAAAAAGGAUAGCAAGUUGAGUAUGAGGCCUUUACAAGAUCCUUAUGAAGCAGAAUUUAAUGCAAAGAUUGAGAAGAUAAAGAAGAAAAAUUCUUUGCUAGGUAAAGCUAAGCCUAAGAAUCCUCUUCACCAAAGACCAAGGACAGGAAUAAGGCACAGAGUGAAGGGAGCAUCUGCAGGAAUCUCUGAAAGACAUCUUACUAAAAGAACAAAUGCUUCAAAGAAGGACAUGACGUUCUAACCAACAGCCCAUAGAUUAUAGA